AUGCUCAGUCGAGGGUCCGCUCCUUGGCGCGCCUCGCCGCGCGGACCCCAAACGCCUGGCAGAGGGGGAGUAAGGUCGGGAGUCUCUCCUCGAGAUACUAUGGAAAAGUACCAGAUUCUGUACCAGCUGGAGCCCGGGGCCUUGGGGGUGAACCUAGUGGUGGAGGAAACGACCACCAAAGUGAAGCGCGUGAUAAAGAAGGUGGGGUGCAUUGAUGAGCAUCAGGCAAACAAGGCCCUGGAGGAGAUGAUGCCACUGCUGAAGCUGCAGCAUGCCCACAUCUCCAUCUACCAGGAGCUGUUCAUCACGUGGGAGAGCCAGAUCUCCUUUCUGUUCCUGUGCCUGGUGAUGGAGUACGGUAAGGAAACCUUCCAGGAGAUCAUUGAGAAGAACAGGAGGACGAGGACAGUCAUUGACUCUGAGUGGAUGCAGAACGUGCUGGGCCAGGUGCUGGACGCACUGGAAUACCUGCACCAGCUGGACAUCAUUCACAGGAACCUCAAGCCCUCCAACAUCGUCCUGGUCGACAGCAACCACUGCAGACUGCAGGACCUGAGCUCCAACACGCUGAUGACCGACCAGGCCAAAUGGAAAAUCCGGGCAGAGGAAGACCCCUUCCGGAAGUCCUGGAUGGCCCCUGAAGCCCUCAACUUCUCCUUCAGCCAGAAAUCCGACAUCUGGUCCCUGGGCUGCAUCCUUCUCGACAUGGCCAGCUGCUCCUUUGUGGAGAACACAGAAGCCAUGCUUCUGCGGAAGUCUCUCCGCGUGCUUCCGAACAGCUUGCAGGGCGUACUGAGGAAGAUGGAGUCCAGGAAGGUCCCCGAUGCAGACACGCUGCUUUUCCUUCUGCCGAGGAUGCUCCACGUCAACCCCGAGGAGAGGCUCACAGUGAGGGACGUGAUCCACUUCGCCUUCGAGACCAAGGGGUUCAAGUCCUCGAGCGUGGCGCUGACGCUGCACAGGCAGGUGGUGCCCUCGGUCAUCACCGACAUGCUGUUAGGAGGCAGCGUUGCAAGUAUCUUAGAGGUCAUGCAGAACUUCUCCAGCCGGCCCGAAGUCCAGCUCAAGGCCAUCAAGAGGCUCCUGAUAAUGUCUGAGGAUGAGCUAGGUCUGCCGUGGCCGAUGGAGCUGGUGGAGCUGGUGAUUGGGGUCCUGAAGCAGCAUGACCGGGUCCUGGCCAUGCAGCUGUGCGGCUGCUCCCUGCUGCUGCGUGUUCUCAGCCAAGCGCUGGCACAGGAUGCAGAUGCUCAGGUGCCCUGCAGCAACGCCGUGGUCGCCAGCCUGCUGGGCAUCAUGCAGUGCCACCCCGACUCAGAGGAACUCAUUGUCGUGGGCUACAGUCUGCUCACCAUCAUCUCGAGCCAAGAAUCGACUGCGGGGCAGCUGCAGAAGGCCGCGCUGUUUGAGCACAUCCUGGAGCACCUGGAUAGCUUCUUGGAGAGCAGGGACAUCUGCAUCACUGGCCUGGGCCUGCUCUGGGCCCUCCUGGUGGAUGCUGUCCUCGUGGACAAGACCCCCUUGGAGAAGGCCCCAGUGCUCGUGGCCCACGUCAUGGCCACCUACUCCACGGACAGAGAGAUGGCGGAAGCUGGCUGUGCUGUCUUGUGGCUGCUGUCGAUGCUGGGCUGCAUCAAGGAGACCCAGCUGGAGCAGGUGACCGGGCUGUUCCUGCAGAGCAUCCGACUGUGCCAGGACAGGGUCCUGCUGGUGAACAACGCCUACCGCGGGCUGGCCAGCCUCACCAAGGUGUCGGAGCUGGCGGCCUUCCAGGUGGUGAUGCCCAAGGAGGGUGGCAGUGGCCUCGCGCUCUUGCAGGAGACGUACGAGCUCCACAAGGACGACCCUGAGGUGGUGGAGAACCUGUGCAUACUGCUGUCCCACCUUGUCGUCUACAAGGACAUCCUGCCAGAGCUGGUGUCCAACGGCAUCACGCCCCUGGUCCAGGAGAUCAAGGGACGCUUCACCUCCAGCUUGGAGCUGGUUUCUUAUGCGGAGGAGGUACUGCAGAGGCUGGAGGCCAUGCCGCCCAGCUUCCCAGAGAGCAACCCGCUGUCUGCCCACGCUGAGCAGGCUGGCACCCCAAAGGCUCUGCUUCCGAACUCCAGCUCCGGAUGA